AUGGCAACCAAACCCGUCCUUCACUACUUCCGUAUCCGAGGCCGUGGCGAGCCAAUCCGGCUGGCCCUGCGCGUCGCAGGCGUGGCUUUCGAGGAAGAGAACGUCACGGACAGGGCGGUCUUGAAGUCGGAUCUCGACUGCUUUCCGUUCGGGCAGUGCCCCAGAUACGUCGAUGGAGACUUCGAUGCGGUGCAAAGCAAUGCCAUAUUGAGGCAUAUAGGCAGGAAGCACAACUUGUAUGGAAGCACUGAACAGGAAGCAACACACAUCGACAUGAUCCUCGAUGCUGUUGAGGACUUCAGGAGGCAAUAUACAGUGCUGAUUUAUGAGAAGCAGCUGGAUGAGGAAGCCAAGUCGGAGUAUUGGACAAAGCGAUUUGACCCAAGCACCAGUGGGGAGAGAAACGGCGGGGCACACAUGCUGUACUUCUCCAAGUUUCUGAAACGUUAUGGUGGAAAGUUUGUUGUGGGAAGCGCUGUCUCCAUCGCGGACGUUGCAUUGUUCGACCUCCUGGAGAUCAACAUACGUCUAUUCCAGAACCAUCUGGGAGCCAUGGUAUUUGCAGCACGCACCUGCCUUAGGAAAACACGAAUGUACUUCUGGUUCUGGCUCAUCCAUGCACAAUAG